AUGACAAGAGUGCGCAUGGGAAAUUUUGAAACUUCGGGAUAUCUCUGUAGAUAUAGACUGAGAAAACCAAAGACAAAACCUACACGAAAAGCAUCACAUGAAGACGUGUUUUAUUUCAAUCAAUAUGACGCUUCUCAGCGGCCGCGUGAAGAGUACAGCAAAGAGUACGAAUUUUUUGUCACUGUUUUUACUGAAGUUGAAAAUAUUAUUAAAAUGAUUAUUUACACCAGAGCCGACAUUUCUGAAUCCAGUGGUGUCAAUUUAGAAAUCGAUGGUAAAAUUUUCGAUCAAUACCCUGAGGAGGAGGAUGAUGAUGAUAUUAAUAUGCAAGAUCUGAAUGCUAAAACUUGUGAUGAAGCAUCACAAAACAUGGGCUCGUUUAAUGGAGCUCAUGGUCCUUACUUUCCAAAUUUUACCGCUACCAUGCUUUUCAUAUGGGUGACCAAACACAUGAUUUCAACGGCAGCAUAUGAAGAUCUUGUGCAAAUUCUUCAACACGAAGAUUUUGUGAUAAAUGACACUGUGCCUAACAUAAGACGCCUACUCAUUUAUCAUGCGGGUAGCUUCAUAACUUGUCAACGACAAGUAGAAUCACGAUCUCAAAAUUUUGUGGCCCGCAUCAGAUCUAUUGUGACGUUUAACGAGGAAUUCUGCUUCAAAGUUGAUGAACUAGUCAGAUAUUCGAGAAUACCAGGACACUUACAUAGCGCAGCACGAGAAAAUGUUCAAAAUAAGGCAUUAUGGUUAGUCGAAGGUUUCCCCUUAAUACUAAGAAAAGAAGAUGUGCGUGAAACAAGCGUUUGGCUAAGCGAUAACCCAGAACCUACAGAAUAUAAUUUCAUUGUAAAUGAAAUUCUAUAUCGUUUCAACUACUCUUGGAAAAUACGGGGAAUAUUUAAGAGGCAUAAACUACCAAAUGAACAUAUUAUUGACGUACAACAUCCUCCGCCGCCAAAUGUGCCAAUAAGGAAAUUUUUCCUUGACAUUUACUUGGAUGACUUUGGAACGUAUCGCAAUGUUUAUCACACUCUUGGGGUGUCUAUUUACAAUUGGAAACAUGCCAUUUAA